CACCGGAGUGAGAAAAUGCGGGUCCCUCUCCUUUUAAGGGACAAGAUGCCCAGUGCGACGGGACUGUGUAGUAAUAGAGCAAACCGGGGAUGAGAGAUUUCUGCGGGGAGCAAUUAUUUGCAUAAUGCAACGCGAGUCCGGGAGGCGUUUAGAGAAACUGAGGAAAGUGCGCGCGCUUUUGAGUUAAGGUGGGUGGCUGGGGGCAGUUUCCUUUGCUCCCCGAUCCUAUGCAAGCUUGCUUUAGAAGUAAGCCCCAAAGACAUCAGGCGGCACUUACUCUCGAGCAAGUGUGCACCGGAUCACGGUUUCCUUUGCAGCUUGGCUACACUUCGGAAUAAACCCCACACAGCUCACGAGGACUUGCUCUAGAGUAAACGUGCAUAGGAUUAGUCUGCAAGCUUUUACCGCCUCAAACUUUCUAACAUCUUGGUAGUUCGUAAGAAAAGUUGGUCAGUUUAAACUAUGGAGCGAUCAGGGAGCUUCCCUAAUAGGAGGGAGCGCGGGUGGGGAGACCAGUUUUUCUUCUAAAAUGGGCGUGAGGUGUUUUUUUCCUCUGGAUUUAGGGCUAUAAAAUGGGGCGGUCAGCCUGUGGAUCUUUCCAUUGCUGGCGGGGUGUGUGUACCUUGCUUGGAAAAAGAGCGUCGGUCAGCCAGUAUAUAUGGCUUUUUUUAAAAAAGAGAGAGUGUUUCACAACUUUAAAAUAUGGAACCAAACGUUUGAGUACAGGGAGAGGCAAAGCAAGCCAGGGCUUGCAAAUGUUGGGUGAGGUGUUAAAGAGAAUGCGAAGUCUCGCAGGCAUCUUUAUUUUUAAAAGAAAGAAGAGGUGGUAGUGGAAUUUCUGAAUGCAGGAAAAUAAACAAGUUCUCACAUGGAUUCCGGCUUAAGCAGCUUCUUACAGGGGUUGUUUUGCUCUGCAGGGCCUGCCCAUUCCUGCCAUGGCAACGAUUGUGUCCGAAAAGCUCAGCCGCCUCUUCAUCAGUGCCCAGCACUUCUGGAAAGUCCCUCGGCUGCUGGAGGAGGCCCUCCCCUCAGCCUCCUGCACGGUGGAGGCAUCGGACGUGCCCCGGCUUUUCCAGAAGCCCUACAUCCAUGCCGGCUACCGGCCCCUCAACCAGACCUGGAAGUACUACUUCCUGUCGCUUUUCCAGCGGCACAACGAGGCCGUCAAUGUCUGGACGCACCUGGUGGCUGCCUUGGUCCUGGUGGUGAGGUUCUGGAGGCUUUCGCAGGUGGUGGACUUCCUAGGCGACCCUCACACGCAGCCCCUCUUCGUCAUUGCCGCCUCCUCGGUCAUCUACGCAACCUUCAGCACCCUGGCACACCUCCUGCAGGCCAAGUCUGAGUUCUGGCACUGUGCGUUUUUCUUCCUGGACUAUGUGGGCGUAGCCACAUACCAGUACAGCAGUGCUCUGGUGCAUUACUAUUACGCCAUUGAGCCCGAGUGGCACACAAGGGUUGCGGGCUUCUACAUCCCAGGAGCCAUUUUGCUUGCCUGGCUCUCGUGCGCCGGCUCCUGCUAUGCCAAAUACAGGAGCCCUCACCUCUCUUCCCUGCGGGGCAGGCUCUGCCAGGAAAUGCCCUCUGCCCUGGCGUACGCCUUGGACAUCAGCCCGGUGCUGCACCGCAUCUACGUCUCCCCUUCCUCUGGACUCACAGACGUGGCCGUUUUAUACCACAAGUGCCACGUCCUCUUUUUCCUGAUUGCGGCCUUCUUCUUUGCCUACCCCUACCCCGAAAAGUGGUUUCCCGGCAAGUGCCACUUUGUGGGCCAGGGGCACCAGAUCUUCCACGUCUUCCUGAUGCUUUGCACCCUCACCCAGGUGGAGGCGGUGCUUCUGGAUUAUGAAACGAGGCGGCCCAUCUACUCACGGCUCCACGGCGACCUGGCUCCACUUUUUUCUUCCCUAUGCCUUCUUGUGGCAUCCAUCUGCUUCUUUACCGCCCUCCUCAUGACUGCCAGAGUGCAGCGCAAACUGCAUCGGAAAGAGGAGUGAGAAGGACAGAGUGGGGGAAUAGAGGGUGGGUGGGUAUUGAUCUGCCAGUUUCCUUGUUCUCGCUUUGGGUGUGCCUGUGUCACUGUAAUUCAGGGGACUGGACAUUUUUGCCUGGCGCAGCUGGCGUUUCUUCCUAUGGUUAAGAGCACGUCGCUUGCUCCCUUUGGGGUUGCUUACUACAUCCGAGCAGCAGCGAGGGUGGGUCAGAUAUUGCACCAGAAAGGAAGUGGCAUGAGCACAGCCAUCUUGUGGGAGGAAGUGGCCUGCUUCCUGGAUGCAAUAGGACUUUCCAGGAGGUGGUUCUGUUUCCCCCUGCCUUCCCUUUGAGAGAGACAGUUACUCCUACACUUGAUAUGUCUUCCCUUCUGGUUUUCUCAGUGGUGGAAGAGUUCCAGGAGAGAUGGACGAAGGCUAGCACCAGGUCCAUACUUGACUAGAUGGGAGGGUCCUUCAAGCAUCAACGGCCUCUGGGCACAUGCCAACUUUGCUCCAUGCCAAAGCCAUCCCUCGAUGCUCUUUCAGCAUGCCUGACCUAUGCAGUCACAGACCCCAUGGUGCAUCUCCACAGCUGCUGGGGGAAGGGACCCUAGCAAGGUUGGGUCAGACUGUGGUGCCUUCACAGCUUGCCUUCUGGCUUUCCACAAGGUAGGGGUGUCCCAGAGAAAUCAUUCCUGUCAGGUGCAGCAACAAUCAUCCAGCUAGUUAGGAAGCUGCCAUGUUUACGUGCCUUAAGGAGUGGAACCCCAUAACCCUUUGGAUGGGGUAAAGCUGAAUUGUAAUAUUUGGAGUAAAACUCACCCUAGUAAUUUAGGUGAAUGUGAUGCAUCCAGGGAAAAAUGAGUGUCUUGUAUGUGUUUAUCUAGAGUAGGGCUGGCUUUUGUGGCUGGCUUUUAAAA